AUGGAGUUCCCUGAUGGAGGGCUUGUCCCAGCCUGCCUGGCCUUUGUCUUCGGGAGGAAGGCCAAGCAGGAGGGGGGCUGUCGGUUGACAGGGGAGCUGGGCGCUGGCAGCCCACAACAUGAGGAGGACAACCUUGCCCGCAGUGAGGCCCAGCUGGCAGCUGACGUUGCCAGCUCUGCCCCCGUCCCUGCAGACACAUGCACCCCACACCCACCCAUGGGAGAGGAGCUGCAGCCGGUGGGACCAGAUGGCAGAGCCCCUGGGGAACCUCCACCUGAGGGGGACCCGGAGCUGGAGCUGCAGUGGGUGGCGCUUAGCUCUGAGGGACCCCCUGGAGCCAUCGCCCAGGACCCUCCGGCCCAGGGCCCCGGGGCCCUGCUGCUGCAGGCCGUGUGGAGAGGGCACCUGGGCCGAGUGACCCAGCUGCUGCGCCAGGGGGCUGACGUGGCCUCGAGGGACGGCGCAGGCCGCACCCCGCUGCAUCUGGCGGUGCUGCGCGGGCGCGUGGCCCUGGUGCGCCUCCUGCUGCGGCGCGGGGCGCCCGUGGGUGCGGAGGACGGCGCGGGGCGGACGCCGCUGCUCGACGCCGCCUGGCAGGGCCACUCGCUGCCCGCCGAGCUGCUGCUGCGCCGCGGGGGCCCCGGCCAAUGGCGACCUCGCCCGCCGGCCUCUCGCCCUCUGCACUGGGCCGCCGCGCUGGGCCGCCCGCUGCUGGCGCUCCGCCUGCUGGGCGCCCCGGGCUCGGACCCCGGCGCGGUGGACGCGCGCGGCUGGACCCCGGCGCACUGGGCCGCGGCGGGCGGGCGGCUGCCGGUGCUCGAGCUGCUGGCGACCCGCGGGGCAGCGGACCUGGACGGCUCCCUGGUGGUGGCGGCGGCGGCCGGCCAGGGCGCAGCGCUGCGCCUGCUGUUGGCACUCGGGGCCCACCCGGAUGCCCGGGACAGCUCCGGGGCUCCGGCGCUCGGGGUGGCCGCCGGCCUGGGCCGCCAGCAGGAUAUGGAGGUUCUCCUUGAGCAAGGUGCCGACACCAACCUUCAGGACAGGCACGGCCGCUCUGCCCUGCACAGGGCAGCAGCCAAUGGACACCUGCUGGCUGCCCAGCUACUGACUACCCGGGGUGCCAAGGUGAAUGGCCAGGAUGCUCUGGGCCUCACGCCCCUGCACCAUGCAGCUCGUGGCAGCCACGUGGAGGUGGCCAGGCACCUUCUGGACACAGGUGCCCAGGUGGACACGGCGGGGCCGCUCCACACCACGGCGCUUCACCUGGCCCAGGAGCAGAGGCAUCGUCCAACCAUUGAGCUCCUGCUGGGCAGAGGGGCCAGCCUGGCCCCGAGGACACCAUGGGGUGAGGUGGCCUGGGACGUGGAGCAGUGCACAGAGAAGUGUGGGGACACCCAGAGCCCCCCAGCUUUGAGUAGCUCAGCAAACCAGGGUCCUGCCCCUGAGGACAAGCCCUGA